AUGAAUGUGCUAGCUUUCGAACCUGACGGUCGCCCGAUCGCAUUUCCCACUUGGCUUGACGAUCUGCAGCUUUUCCUUCUGACUGAUGCCAAAGAUGGUGUCUCGCUUUUCGACUACGCCACUGGCACUGCCGCUACUCCUGCUGACAGUGCUCCUGCUGUAGACCGCUCACAGUGGCUGACUCGCGAUGCUGCUGCGCGCCUUGCUAUCCGCAACCAUCUGCCGAUCGCUGAGCGCGCGCAUUUCAGUCAGCACAAAACUGCCAAGGCACUUUAUGACGCAGUAGUUGCACGCUACUCCUCCCCAGCCACUGCCGCUGUAGGAGGCCUCAUCCUGCCCUACCUGUUCCCUGACCUGUCCUCCUUCCCCACUGCUGCGGACUUGAUUACUCACCUUCGCGAUAGUGAGGCCCACUUUAACGCCGCUCUUAAGGACGAGUUCCGUGCCAAGAACCCCCCUCCGCUCUACUUUACCCUCUACCUCCUCGUCACCCGCCUCCCUGACACCCUUAGCACAGUCAGGGACCACUUCCUCGCCAUUGACGCCCCCGAGAUCACCCUAGACGACUUCGAGCGGCAGCUUCUCGCAGCAGAGAAGAAUCUCCUAGCUGUCGGUGCCGCUCGAGGCACUCCCCGCGCUCCCCUCUUUGAGGGGUGCUCCCCCUCCCCCCUCGCCCCCUCGUACGCCUCGGUUGCUACUCCCGUUGACCUUCCUGGUGCUGAGAAGGUCGCAGCUGCUUCCGCUCCUAGUGGGAAGCGCGGCGGGGGCCGGGGCGGCAAGGGGGGCAGGGGUGGCGGGGGUGGGGGUGGGGGGAGCGGUGGUGGGGGCGGUGGGGGUGGUGGGGGGGGUGGAGGUGGUCGUGGGGGUGGUGGAGGUGGCAGUGGCGGCAAGGGGGGAGGAGGCGGUGGUGGUGGGGGUGGUGGUGGAGGCGGGAGUGGGACCGGCCAGCAGCAGCAGCAGCAGCAGCAGCGCCAGACCCCCUCCUCUCAGCAGCUUCAUGACUGGUAG